AUGGCUCCAUGGCUUGUCAAGGGUCUUGAGAUAGGGCUUCAGGCAUUAUGGGGCUUGCAGGGGGAGCUUCACUUGGGCGUCUUGGCCAAGAGGCUGCAAUGGCAGGCAGCCGUAUCUGUGCUGUUCGAGGCGGUGCAGGGCAGGAUGGUCCCACACCUGAGCAGCUGCAGCGCCUGCAUCAAGGCCUGUGGGCAAGCCCGGCAGUGGCAGCUUGCCCUGCAGCUCUUAUCCCACAUGCCUGGCAACCUGCGUCCGAACGUCAUCAGCUGGAACUCGGCCAUCGGUGCUUGCGACCGAGGCCGGCAGUGGCAGCUUUGUCUGCAGCUCUUUGCGGAGAUGCCAGCUGCCCGGGUUGCACGUGACGUCAUCAGCCACAGCUCCGAUCUCAAUGCUUAG